AUGCUUGUCUCCUCAUCUUGCCCUGGCCUAGCCCUGGUGCUGGCCACAGUGGGGGCUGUGCUGGGGGUCAGGACCCCGAAACAAGAACCUCUGAGUGUCCCAGCCACCCCUGAGGAGCCAGCCAUGAGCCUCAGGGGCCUGACCUCAAGAAAUGACUGGACCUGGUCACCCUUAGACAGGCCUGGGGACCACCUGUGCCUGGUGUCGCUGGGCAGGGGCAGUGGAAACAGUGGGACCCUGCGAGUGGUGGGUACCCUGGGGGACUCUGAGCAGGCCUUCCUGGACACCGUGCGCCGUGCCCACUGGGGGCCUCAAGACCUGGCCACCUUCGGCCUCUGCACCUCCAGCAGCGAGCAGCCUGCCCUGGGCCCCCUACAGCAGCUAGGCUCCUGGCUCAGUGCACCUGCGGGUCAGCACCUGGUGGUCCUGCACCUGGAAGAAGUGACGUGGGAACCCACCCCUUCCCUGAGGUUCCAGGAGCCCCCACCCGGAGGAGCUGGCCACCUGGACCUGGCACUGCUGGUGCUGUACCCCGGAGUGGGCUCUGCCACCACAGUCUCGGGUGCUGGGCUGCCGAGAGCCCAGAGUCUCUGUCCGGCCCCAGACACUCGCUACCUGGUGCUGGUCGUGGACCGCCCUGACACUGCCUGGCGAGGCUCUGGCCUGACUCUCACCCUGAGGCUGCAUGGAGAUGGUGUCCCGCUAAGCAUGGCCCAGCUGCAGCGGCUACUACUCGGCCCCAAGACCCACUGCUUCACAAGGACACCUCCCAUCCUGCUGCUGCUGCCCCCGAGGCCCCCGCCCACCCCGCUGCCUGCACAUGGCCAGCUGGACACCGUGCCCCUCCCAACAGUCAGGCCAUCCCCACAGCCAGAGGUGCCACACAGCGCAGACCCCUUCCUGGAGACGCUGACGAGCCUGGUGCGCACGCUGCGAGGUCCCCCCGGCCGGGCCUCCCCGCCGCGCCUGGCUCUGGACCCGGGUUCACUGGCCGCAGUCCCUCAGGGCCUCGUCAACCUGUCGGACCCCGCAGCGCUCGAGAGUCUGCUGGACGGCGAGGAGCCGCUGCUACUACUGCAGCCACUGGCCGCUGGCGAAGCCGCUGCGGACGCCGGGCCCGGGCCCUCCCCAGCGCAGGAGGCGCCCUGGGCUGCGGGCUUGGUGCGCCGCGUGGCCGCCGAGCUGCAACUGGCGGCGGCGGAGCUGCAAAGCCUCCCCCGGCUGCCUCCCGCUGCCAAGCCGCUGCUGGCGCGCCUCCUGGCGCUGUGCCCGGGGGACGCCGGCGAGGAGGACGGGCCUGUGCGGCCGCUGCGCGCGCUGCUGCUGCUCAAGGCGCUGCAGGGUCUGCGCACCGAGUGGCGCUGGCGGGAACGGCGCGAAAGACCGCAGCGCAGCUCGAGGGUGGCUCCUGACGAGGAGGACGGACCUUGCGCGCUGCGCGAGCUCGUCGUGGACCUGCGCGCCGAGCGCUCCGUGCUCAUCCCCGAGACCUACCAGGCCAACAACUGCCAGGGCACGUGCGGGUGGCCGCAGUCCGACCGCAACCCGCACUACGGCAACCAUGUGGUGCUGCUACUUAAGAUGCAGGCGCGAGGCACCGCCUUGGCGCGGCCACCCUGCUGCGUGCCAACGGCCUACGGCAGCAAGGUGCUGAUUAGCCUCUCGGAAGAGCGCAUCAGCGCGCGUCACGUGCCCAACAUGGUGGCCACCGAGUGUGGCUGCCGAUGA